CUCACGAGGCCACAGCGGCACUCGGGCAAACGCAGCCCGCUGGCGCCGAGCCGCCGUCCUUUCCCGGGAACGCCGAUCCUCCCACACAGUCCCUCCUGCUGCAGCGCGCCAGUUUCUUCCACGGAAACCAGCUGCCGCGACCCCGGGACUUCCUGGGCCGGCGGGCUGCGGGUGGGCGCCGGGCCGCCCCGGGCCGCGUGCCGGGGACGGGGGCGCCGGGCCCUCGGAGGGGCGGACAGGGCGGGGCGCCCGCAGAGUCCAGGUCCGCCCGGGGGCGGGGCCUGCCGACCUCCUCGGUGGCCGGAGGGCGGGGCGGGGUGCGGACGCCCGCGGGCCGCAGCUGGAUAAAAGGGCCCCAGGGUGCCCCAGGAGGCCCGUUAGCGCUGCCCGGCCGCGGAGCCCCGGCCCCAGCCCCGCAACGUCGCACUCCAGCUGGUGAGCCCCUGCCUGGCCCCUGGCCAGGUGCCUUGACCCCAGCAGCCCUUGAAGUCACCACUAUGUGGUCCCUACCAGCUGCCUUCCCCCUGCCCCUGCUGCUCCUGAUGCUGGGCCAGAUCCCGCCCAGCAGGCCGCAGUCACUGAGCACCAUGAAGCUACGGCUGGUGGGCCCAGGGAGCAGGCCGGAGGAGGGCCGCCUGGAGGUGCUGCACCAGGGCCAGUGGGGCACCGUGUGUGAUGACGACUUUGCGCUUCAGGAGGCCACAGUGGCCUGCCGCCAGCUGGGCUUUGAAGCCGCCUUGACCUGGGCCCACAGCGCCAAGUAUGGCCCAGGGGAGGGACCCAUCUGGCUGGACAACGUUCACUGUGUGGGCACAGAGAGCUCCCUGGACCAGUGCAGGUCUAAUGGCUGGGGCGUCAGUGACUGCAGCCACUCGGAGGACGUCGGGGUGGUGUGCCACCCGCAGCGCCAGCGUGGCUACCUUUCUGAGAGGGUCUCCAAUGCCCUUGGGCCCCAGGGCCGGCGGCUGGAGGAGGUGCGGCUCAAGCCCAUCCUUGCCAGCGCCAAGAGGCAGAGCCUGGUGACCGAGGGAGCUGUGGAGGUGAAGUACGAGGGCCACUGGCGGCAGGUGUGUGACCAGGGCUGGACCAGGAACAACAGCAGGGUGGUGUGCGGGAUGCUGGGCUUCCCCAGCGAGGCGCCUGUCGUCAGCCACUACUACAGGAAAGUCUGGAAUUCGAAGAUGAAGGAUCCCAAGUCUAGACUGAAGAGCCUGACAAAGAAGAAUUCCUUCUGGAUCCACCGGGUCAGCUGCCUGGGAACAGAGCCCCACAUGGCCAACUGCCAGGUGCAGGUGGCACCAGCCCAGGGCAAGCUGCGGCCGGCCUGCCCAGGGGGCAUGCACGCUGUGGUCAGCUGUGUGGCAGGGCCCCGCUUCCGCCCUCUGAAGGCGAAGCCCGGGCACAAGGAGUCCUGGGCAGAGCAGGAGACGAGGGUGCGCCUCCGCUCGGGGGCCCAGGUGGGCGAGGGCCGGGUGGAGGUGCUCAUGAACCGCCAGUGGGGCACGGUCUGCGACCACGGGUGGAACCUCAUCUCCGCCAGCGUCGUGUGUCGCCAGCUCGGCUUCGGCUCUGCUCGGGAGGCCCUCUUUGGGGCCCAGCUGGGCCAAGCGCUGGGGCCCAUCCACCUGAGUGAGGUGCGCUGCGGGGGACAUGAGCGCACCCUCAGUGACUGCUCCUCCCUGGAAGGCUCCCAGAAUGGUUGCCAGCAUGACAACGAUGCUGCCGUGAGAUGCAACAUCCCUAACUUGGGCUUCCAGGAUCAGGUGCGCUUGGCCGGCGGACGCAGCCCCGAAGAAGGGGUGGUGGAGGUGCAGGUGGACGUGAACGGGGUCCAGCGCUGGGGGGCCGUGUGCAGCGACCACUGGGGCCUCAACGAAGCCAUGGUGGCCUGCCGACAGCUUGGCCUGGGCUUUGCCAACCAUGCCGUCAAGGACACCUGGUACUGGCAGGGGACGCCGGGGGCCGGAGAAGUGGUGAUGAGCGGGGUGCACUGCUCAGGCACAGAGCUGGCCUUGCAGCAGUGUCAGAGGCACGGGCCGGUGCACUGCUCCCACGGUGCAGGGCACUUCUCAGCUGGAGUCUCCUGCACAGACAGUGCUGCAGACCUCGUGCUGAACGCCCAGCUAGUGCAGGAGACAGCCUACCUGGAGGACCGCCCGCUCAGCCAGCUGUACUGUGCCCAUGAAGAGAACUGCCUCUCCCAGUCAGCUGACCGCAUGGACUGGCCCUACGGACACCGGCGCCUCUUGCGCUUCUCCUCACAGAUCCACAACCUGGGCCGGGCCGACUUCCGUCCCAAGACAGGACGCCACAGCUGGAUUUGGCACCAGUGCCACAGGCACUACCACAGCAUUGAGGUCUUCACCCACUAUGACCUACUCACUCUCAAUGGCUCCAAGGUGGCUGAGGGGCACAAGGCCAGCUUCUGUCUAGAGGACACAAAUUGCCCUAAAGGAAUGCAGAGGCGCUACGCAUGUGCCAACUUUGGGGAACAGGGCGUGACCGUUGGCUGCUGGGACACCUACCGACAUGACAUUGAUUGCCAGUGGGUGGAUAUCACAGACGUGGGCCCUGGGGAUUAUAUCUUCCAGGUGGUCGUGAACCCCAAGCUCGAGGUGGCAGAGUCCGAUUUCUCGAACAACGUGAUGCGGUGCCGCUGCAAAUAUGACGGGCAACGGGUCUGGCUGCACGACUGCCACACAGGGGACUCAUACCGCGCUAACACAGAGCUCUCCCUGGAGCAGGAGCGUCUCAGGAACAACCUCAUCUGAAGCCCCCCUGCGCACUCCCAGCUGCUGCCCACACACCAGAUACCUCAGCUUACUGGAGCCAUGCCCUCCACAGAGCCCUAACUCAGAGGGUAAGGGGCCAGUGCCAAGGGGCACCAAGAACCUGCUCAGGAAGCCUCUUGAUGGCAAGCUCACCAAACCAGGACGGCACUGCUCCCUCAGGAUGGCUCUGGGUCUGUCCCCUGAGGGCCUUUGGUCUCUGGACUAUGGCCUUCAGGCUUUGUUCAGCUGAGCUCCUCUCCCAUAGGAGACCCAGUCUUUUCCGGAUCUUGCCCCAGAGUUCCUGGUUCAGGAGCUAUCAGUUCCUUAGGAAUGGACUAUGGCCCAGCCCCCAUCUAAAUGGUGCUUUGCCAAUGUCUUGGAGGAGGACCAAAAUACACAGGAGGAGAGGUCAGCUCUCUGCUAGGAGCUCUGUGCAACACAACUUGUAUCAAAGUCACAACUGGCAAAGAAGCUGGUGAAUUCAGUCCCUUGCUUGAUAUGUCCCCAUUUAGAAUUCAGCUACCAUACUCUCUUAAGAGUCUGUUCUUUAGUGCCCUUACCUUUAUCCUACUGCACAUAUGGGUGUUUCUAAUAUCCCUAGAAGCUUAGGCCUCAAGCAUCCCCUUAUCUCCUGACGGGCCCAAACCACCAGUUACUGAGUGCUUGAGACAGGGCAAGAUUCACAGGAGUGGCCAGAUAUGGCCUUCCCACAGAGGAGCAAGAGGAGGCCGAACAGAGAGAGUCCCGGGGCGCUGUGGACCCCAGCUGCUGCCAGGCCCUCUGCCAAGGGAAGAACACUUGCCCUAACCCCGGCAGGCAAGGUCACUGUGCGCCUCAGGAAUGGCCUAAAGGUCGGGUCCCCCAGGCUUCUGGAGUGAAUUUUGCAUUGAAUAAAGUUUUGCAGUGGAAAGAACAUGGGUCAAACAGGCCGCUCAUCUCUGCAGGAAAAAGAAGACAGGUCUGGUACAGUGGAGGACAGGAGACUACGGAGAGGUCAGAAGGGGGAACAUCUAAUUUAGUUAAGGGCUAAACCUAGGAAAGGCCACCAUCCCUGCUUGACGUGGCUGUGGUAUGCCCUUGCUCAGGUGGUAUAAAAUCCCAUGGUCUUCCCGGACAUGAUUCUUAAUCCUGUCUCCACUAAGACACACUUGAGAGAUGAUCCUUACAGGUCUGAUGCCCUAAUGCCAAUAAAGGUUGCUCACUAUGGACUGCU